AUGAGUCAUAGUCAAACGUCACCGUCAUCAUUCGUUUGCAUUGACUGCGGCGGAGAUUCACCGCGAUUUCCCACCCCAGAAGAACUUGAGAUCCAUAUUGCCAGUGAUCACCUGAAUUACUGCCCCUAUGAGUGUGAACGAUGUCGCUUUGCAAAGUUCCCUACAGAAUUUGCUCUCGUUUCACAUUGCAAGAAUGAUCACGGAUUGAAGGAGUUUUUUGUGAGUUUGACUUUGUGCGCUAUCGCUAUACUCCAGAAGGACCGUAUAGAGGCAACCAUAUUUUUCACCUCUUUACAGAUCCGCGCUUCACUUAGGCUGCGCUCCGAUGAAGCUCACUUAGGUUUGGGCACUUCAAAUGGACAUGGAGGAAUCUACCAUAAUGAGAAGUAUGAAGAUCCAGACAGCUUUCCAUCAUCAGUUGAUCCAUCCGGUUCAUCUUCUGAUCAUGCUGCUGGAGGCAUGCAACCCAGUUCUGGGUCGUCGGGCAGUACGGGUGGUGUCGUACCCCCGGCUACUUCCCCAUCAAUCCCCGUCACUCCCACAUCAAUCACACCCCAUGUUCAGCAUAAUGUCCUGAAUUCUGUGAACCCGUUACAGCAUGCUUUAGGAAAUUUUGGAGGUUCGUUGUCUUUCAUCACCCUUUAUUCUUUCUAA